AAGCUUGAAUUGAACACUCACAUACCCUGCAUAACUUAUGCAGCCAGGAAACGGCCUCGAGCCUCUAGCUUCAGGCUCGAGAGACUACAGUCCUCAAAGUCUUUACUAUCAUCCGUUUGCGGGUCAUUCGGAAUCGUCCUUUACUUCCGCCGUUAGACCCCAAGAGGGUCGUGCUGAAGCUAGACCAAAAUUCAGACGGCGGGGAUCAGAAAGCGCUACCAUAUGGGAGAGGAACAAUCAUGUACCGUGGAAUGAAGAGGAGGAACUCCCUGGAAACAACUCACAUGUGAGGUCGAAGACCGUGGAUUACGCCUUUGCCAGCACCGCUAGCGCUAAUGGACACCCUCUGGCUCACAAUCUUCGAACAUCAACUUCAAGCAGUAGUCAGACCUCCUUCUAUGGCACUCGACCACGUCUGAAUCGUCUACUGAAUAGCUCGGAGCCAUCCCCAAGUGGCUCUGGUUCAUCAUCCAUAUUUCAGAGUGGACGAUCAUCUGCACUGUCAGAUAGAGGUGGUGAGAAGAUCGUCAUCGUGCAUGAGGUGGCUCCUAAGGAUUCUCUCGCUGCUGUAGCCCUGAAGUAUGGCAUAUCGCUUGCGGAUUUGCGACGGUCCAACCAGAUGUGGAUUUCGGAUUCUAUUCACCUACGAAAGAUUCUCUACAUACCUCUGGAGAAAUCAAAUCGGGCUAAGGAGAUCAUGCUCAUGUUGUCUGAGACAGAUGAAGCACAAUCAUCUCCCAAAUCUGGGUCGAGUUCAUCCACUGUCAUGGAACACAAGUUUCCAGAGCAGGACUUAACCAUUCGCCGCAUUCCUGCUUCAUACCUUUCAUUCUUUCCCACCAACUCCGACACAUUUCCAGAAGCUGGCCCUUCCUUUCUCACUUUACCUCGUUCCUACAGAUCCCGACAAUCUUCUGACAGAGACGUCCGGGAAACCCUGCCUUCCGGACAUUCUCUGUCCAGCACGUAUACCUCGCAUAGCACACACACACCUUCUGAAGGUUCACACUCUGCCUCAACACCUUUUCGGUCGCACAUUGCUUCCUUUUUUAAUUCCCUUCCUAUCGCAGCAUCCACUCGCGAUACCAUCGUUUCCCGCCUUUCGCAUGAUUCCGGAGCUUCGACACCUUCUCAAUUCAGUGAGGAGCAGGAUCAUGAACUGGAGGACGUUAGUGAAGGUUCACGUUCAUCUGUCCAUUCCCGUGACCGGCAGACAUCGCGGAUUAUCGAUCGAGAUGACAACCGUGGGCAGCAUGAAGCUGUAGAGAUGCAUCCAUUCAAUCCAACGACCUCUCUAGCGCAAUCUCAACCACCUGUUAAUCACCGUCUCAUACUUAGUCGACCACUGACCCCCCAUAGUGGUCAGGUAGCAAAGUAUCUUAACACCGAGCCUCCGCUUGUCCGAAACGAGGCUGUGCGGACCGCCCAGUUAGAACCCUCUCCUGUAAUGCAACUCCCAUUGAGACCAAGAAAGGAUACCGAUGGCUAAACUGGGUACGGUUUCUGGUACUGACCGGAGCUGAGUUAGAGAGCAUUUCCGGCCUCCGUGAAGCUUUUUCGAGGCGCCAAGGGCGCAACAUAGUCGUACUCGUCCAUUCAUUUCACCGGUGGUCGAGUCUUCUUUCCAGCACAAGCCUGCGUUGAUGUCUCAGAUCAGAAUAUUCUAGAUGUUUGUAGAAGGCGCUAUAUGAUGGCUGUCAACAACACGCUUUCGCCCUUCCGUAAAUUAUACCCUAUAGAGUUCCGCCAUGGGGACCAGGUCUUUUCGGCUGGUAUUCAUAAUGAGCCUUGGACGUGCUUAACGGCUUUGCACAUACCAUGUCCGAAACCGGACUUCCAAGACCUACCUCUGCAUUCAGUCUUCGAACUACCUGUUCAUAAUAGAUGCCAUACUUGGCACUUCCUUGGG